AUGUCCCGCCGCCGAACGUCUUACAGCGAGCCCGUCAACGAGGCCGUGGCAUACCCUUUUUCUUCCACUCCCGCCUAUGCCCACAGCCAAAUGCCCCCGAUUUCACCGCGUCGCGGCCCCAUCGAGGGCCCCGAUGGUCGCCGUCUCAUCCGCCGCGUUACCUGGCGCUCGUCAACCUACAAGCUCAUGGCCUCCCUCUGGGUGCUUGGCGUCUUGUACAUCCUGUGGCUGAUCCGGGAUUUGUUCUAUCUACCGUUUACCCCCGCGGAACCUGGUUCUCCCGGUGUUGGGGAUGCAUGA